AUCUGCAGAAAACGAAGUCACCACACAGUCUCAUAUGUCUACAAAUUCCUAUGAGACACCGCCAUCAAUUAUUUAUGAAGGAAUUACUAAUGAAGAGCCUGGUGACGAGGUAGAACAAAUCGUUCGAGAUGGUCGAACGUUGAGGUUAAGAAAACGGGCCCCAAGCUUGAAAUCACCAUUCACACCGUGGCCGAGGAAACGUCGAUACUCUAAGUUAGAACCUCCUAUUUUCGACCCUUUUAGGCAACCUAUUGAAGAUGAUGUGCAAGCAUUCUUUAGGUGGUACAAUGGCGAUACAGGUGGUACAAGUUAUAUUCGUUGUGGCCAGAUGUCACAUGACAGAAGAUUUUUUGAGAUAUUGUUGGCAAAGCAACGAUAUAUUGAUAGUGAGCAUGUCGAUGAAAUUACCUAUUUAUUUAGAAAAAGAAUGGAUAAAUUUCAUAAUAUCUUUCCAAAAGAUAUAUGCAUAUUGACUGAUGAGUUUGGACAACAUGUGCGUGCACUAUACCACGCGUCUCGACAAGAAAAUAGUAAUGUAUGUAAAAAAACUCCAGAGCUAAUGUUGUUUGUUGAUGGAAUCAGACCAGUUAGGGCGAGAGUUUGGUCGGAUGUCAAUUACUUCUAUGUGCCUUGGAAUGACGGUGAACAACACUAGAUGUUAGUGGUAAUUGACAUCCGUAACUGGACGAUAUGGAUUUAUGACUCGAUUCCAAGUCACUGGAUCUCUAUAGAGGCCAUGAAAAAAUCUGUGCAACCACUUGCAGAAUAUUUUCCUUUUUUACUUCAAGGCAGUGGCCAUUUUGAAAACUUACGUCAUCAGUGCAAUCGUCACAUGAAUAUAAAAGUAGCCCCUGCAGAUACUGUUCCUCUUAACAAGAGAACGUAAGUUUUAUUU